UGUGAGUCACCUGCUUCCCUGCUAACUUCAUCCCGCUUGCUGAACCGCAUAUGCUAUGCACGCCGCCUUGAUCCGGUAUCCUUGUCGAGCUCCGCCGCGGCGCCGCCGGCGCCGUGCAUCCUCGGCGGCGAUCGACGGAGAUGGCGCCUCGGCUCAGCGUGAAGAAGUGCCUGAUCAUCCUCGCCCUCGCCGCCGCCGCGGCCAUCGCCGGCUUCUUGUCCGUCGCCGGCGCGGGUCGCGGCCGUUCUUCCUCCUCUUCUCCGGCGCGUCGGCUGUCGAAUGGUCUCGCCGCGGAGAGGGCCCGGAUGGCGAUGGCGAGGGCGGCGUCGCCGACCGUGGAGCGGGAGCUCGACGCGGCGCGAGCAGCGAUACGCCGGGCGGCGCGGCGGCGUCGACAUGGUGAUCUCGCCGGCGGCGAGGGACGAAGCAGCAGCAACGUCAGCUCGGCGAAGUGGCUGAGCUUCUUCGGCGACGCGGACCACGCUCGCCUGGAGCGCGUCUACCGCAACCCGGCGGCGUUCUACAGGAGCUACGUGGAGAUGGAGAGGCGGUUCAAGGUGUACGUGUACGAGGAAGGCGAGCCGCCGAUCGCGCACGAGGGCCCGUGCAAGAACAUCUACGCCGUCGAGGGCCGCUUCAUCGAGGAGCUCGAGCUCAUGGCGCCGCCGCUCGGCGGCGUACGGACGUGGGACCCGGCGCGCGCGCACGCCUUAUUCCUGCCGCUGAGCGUGUCGCAGAUGGUGCAGCUCGCGUACCGGCCGCUGUCGUACGACCUCUCGCCGCUCCGCGCCAUCGUCGCCGACUACGUCGCCGUCGUCGCCUCCCGCCACCGCUUCUGGAACCGAUCCGCCGGCGCCGACCACUUCAUGCUCUCCUGCCACGACUGGGGUCCGCACGCGUCGAGGGGGCACCCGGAGCUGUACGCGAACGCCAUCCGCGCGCUGUGCAACGCCAACACGUCGGAGGGAUUCCGGCCGGACAAGGACGUCAGCAUCCCGGAGAUCAACCUCUACGACGGCGACAUGCCGCCGGAGCUCCUGUCCCCGGCGCCGCCGCCGCCACGGCCGUUCCUGGCAUUCUUCGCCGGCGGCCGGCACGGCCACGUCCGCGACCUCCUCCUCCGCCACUGGAAAGGCCGCGACCCGGCCGUCUUCCCCGUCUACGAGUACGACCUCCCCUCCAUCCCCGUCUCCGUCUCCGGCGACGGCGACACCGACGCCGGCGGCGAGGGCGGCAACCCGUACUACUGGUACAUGCGGCGGAGCAGGUUCUGCCUGUGCCCGAGCGGGCACGAGGUGGCGAGCCCGCGGGUGGUGGAGGCGAUCCACGCCGGGUGCGUGCCGGUGGUAGUCGCCGACGGGUACGCGCCGCCGUUCGCCGACGUGCUGCGGUGGGAGGCGUUCUCGGUGGCGGUGGCGGUCGCCGAUGUGCCGAGGCUGAGGGAGCUGCUGGAGCGGAUCCCGGCACCGGAGGUGGAGCGCCUCCGCGACGGCGUGCGGCUGGUGAAGCGCCAUUUCAUGCUGCACCAGCCGCCGGAGAGGCUCGACAUGUUCCACAUGAUCCUGCACUCUGUCUGGCUCAGGAGGCUCAACCUUAGGCUGAACAGUCACUAACAAUC